GAUGUUUGGCGAACGCGGUAUCGUGCACUCGCUCGUCCAUCGUCGAACGGAGACGUAAGAACCAGACCGAUGCUCUUCCGCAAGAAAGUCUUCCGUGGCUUUGCCCUCCUGCUGGCGACGACAGUGAUGUUUAGCUAUAACUUCCACCCUCGCGUGAAUGAAAGAUCUUCCGGUGAGACGAAGAAUUCGACAAGGUCAUCCCAUAAGCGAGAAGGUCGCGGUGAGCCUCCCACGAUUGUUUUGAAGGAAAUGAAAGAAAACCGCAUUAAAGACAAUCAGGCAUCGCGGAGAAAGCGUGUGAGGGAAAUGUGCAAGCAGUUUAAUGUUAUCGAAGACAUAGCUUAUACAGUACACAGAAGACAUUACUAUUUCUUCGAUUACAACGCUACUGUCUGCGCCGUGCCGAAAGCAGGUUCGUCGACAUGGCGAGUGCACGUAAGGCAGGUCAACGGCGGACCCCCACGAAACGUUUCAGUCGAAGAUGACAAACGUCGACAAACGUUUCACCAGUCUGAUCUCCGUCAGGUGGUGGCCAGCACGGUCUCCUCGUCGACACUUGUUAUGUCCGUGAGGCAUCCGCUGACACGCCUCGUAUCUCGCUUUUCGGAAUAAAUACGAUGAUGGUAGACCUAUGCGCGGCUAUAACAGAGAACACGAGGAAAAAAAGUUGAAGGUUUUGUUUACGCCGCGAUGGAACGAAAAUUUUCGCCAAUUUUGGAUUCCCGCGAUGAUCACGAACGGACUUCUGCCUCAAAAUAUUUCGGCGAAAAUCGGACUGAAUUUCACCUUUGAACCCGAGAAGUUGUACGAUCCCUCGGUGUAUCUUAAAAUUUUCAAGCUAAAACGACCCGUAAUCACCUUCGUCCAGUUCUUACGUCACGUGAUCGCCACGCACAAGAGCCAAUCACCUGAUAAUCACUGGAAGACAUCUGCUAACACAUGCUCCCCGUGUACCUUCCCGUACGAGUACAUCGUCAAGACAGAAACGUUUGAUGAGGAUCUGAAUUACGUUUUGGGCGCACUGAGGCUCCCAGCCAAACCCAGACUCGCCGAAAAUCGAAUGAGAUCCGGCAGGAAUAAAGAUCGGAAAGACCUCAGAUACUACAAAAGAGUAUCUCAGGAUAUCAGAAAGCAAAUCUACGACAUUUUCAAAAUUGACUUCGAAAUGUUUGGCUACAAACUACCGCCGGGUUUUCUCAAGGGACCCUAUGUGUAA